AUGACAGCAGGGUCCCAGGGUCCACGUCCACUCAUCCUGGGCCUGCUGCUGUGUGCGCUUGGCCCUGCCCUGACGCAGGGUGGGAAGCUGUUGGUGGUCCCCAUAGACGGCAGCCGCUGGCUGAGUUUGGUCGGGAUCGUCCAGCAGCUGCAGCGCAAGGGACAUGACAUAGUGGUCCUCGCACCCGACGCCUCCAUGUACGUUAAAGAAGGGGCAUUUUACACCUUGAAGAGGUAUCCCGUGCCAUUCCGAAGGGAGGACUUGGAAGUGGCUUUUAUAAACCUUGGGCGUAGUGUUUUUGAGAACGACCCUUUUCUGCAGCGCAUGGUCAAAAUAUACAAGAAAAUCAAAGAUGACUCAGCUCUACUCUUUUCCGCCUGCUCCCAUUUACUGCACAACAAGGAGUUGAUGUCCUCCCUGGCAGAAGGCAGCUUUGAUGCUGUACUGACGGACCCUUUCCUUCCCUGCGGCCCCAUCGUGGCCCAGUGCCUGGCUGUACCUGCUGUGUUCUUCUUGAAUGGACUGCCAUGCAGCCUGGACUUCCAGGGUGCCCGGUGCCCCAACCCACCGUCCUAUGUGCCCAGGCCUCUGUCCUUUAACUCAGAUCGCAUGACCUUCCUGCAGCGGGUGAAGAACAUACUCAUUGCCUUGUCAGAGAGCUUUCUGUGCAAUGUGGUUUAUUCCCCGUACGCACCACUUGCCUCGGAAGUCCUUCAGAAAGAUGUGACUCUCCAGGACCUUAUGAGCUAUGCAUCUAUCUGGCUUCUCAGAAGUGACUUUGUAAAUAAUUACCCAAGGCCCAUCAUGCCCAAUACAGUUUUUAUUGGUGGGAUCAACUGCGCUAGCAAAAAGCCACUAUCUCAGGAAUUUGAAGCCUAUGUAAAUGCUUCUGGAGAACAUGGAAUUGUGGUCUUCUCUCUGGGCUCAAUGGUCUCAGAGAUUCCGGAGCAGAAAGCUACGGAAAUUGCUGAUGCUUUGGGCAAAAUACCUCAGACAGUCCUGUGGCGGUACACUGGGACUCCACCGCCGAAUCUUGCGAAGAAUACAAAACUUGUCAAGUGGCUGCCCCAAAAUGAUCUGCUUGGUCACCCAAAGACUCGGGCCUUUAUCACACAUUCCGGCUCCCACGGUGUUUAUGAAGGAAUAUGUAAUGGUGUUCCGAUGGUGAUGAUGCCCUUGUUUGGUGAUCAGAUGGACAAUGCAAAGCGCAUGGAGACCCGAGGGGCCGGAGUAACCUUGGACAUCCUGGAAAUGAGUUCAAAAGAUUUAGAAAAUGCCCUGAAAACUGUCAUCAGUGACAAAAGCUAUAAGGAAAACAUCAUGCGCCUCUCUAGCCUUCACAAGGACCGCCCCAUGGAGCCUCUAGACCUGGCUGUAUUCUGGGUGGAGUUUGUGAUGAGGCACAAGGGGGCGCCACACCUGCGCCCUGCGGCACAUGACCUCACCUGGUACCAGUACUACUCUUUGGAUGUGAUCGGCUUCCUCCUGGCGGUCGUACUGACAGUCAUCUUCGUCACCUUUAAGGGCUGUGCCUUUGCCUUCCGGAAAUGCUUCGGGAAAAAAGAGCGAGUGAAGAAAUCUCAUAAAUCCAAGGCACACUGAGAACUGGGUUGGAAACUUGCAAAAAGAGUCACAGGUUAAAUUCAUGUUAUGCUUAUUCAAGAAAUACUUUGCCAGAAAAUAACACCCCAGAGUGUGUCUUAAAAAAUAAAAAUGAUCUAAACAUUAGUCACACAUAUAGGUAGAGAUAUUUAAAUAUCUUUUCUGCUCCCUCCAGUAUCUUUAAUCUGGACUACACGUGUCAUCUUUCAAAUCACUUGCAAAGAGGGUUGGAUAGGUCCCUCCUUCAAUCUGCAGUACUUUACCUACUCAGAAAUGGGGCCUGUUUGGGAGCCACCGCUUCCCACCACCGCUCCCCCCUCACCCCCGGAUGAGUUGUAACCUCAACUUCUGGCAUCUGUAGGUGGUUGUGAUAGAUUCCUUUACCAAUAAUGCCUGGUUCUAAAUUAUGCUCAUGCUUCCCAGAUGUCACUUUGUGCAUUUAAGUAAGGAAACAUUUAUUCCUUGUACUUGAUAUGAUAUGAAUGAACGGUAUAGAUUUCUGACUUUGGGGGGAACGAAUGAUGUAUAAAAUUGAUGGGUGAUAUGCCUGAGCAGAUAGUCAUUGCUUGAGCCAAAUGGAUCUGAGUUUGACAAAAGCCUAAAUUAUAGAGACUGGCAAGUAUAUUUUCUCUGAUGUAAUAACUAAAAACAUAUUAAUAAAUUCGUAUAAAUUAUA